GUAAAUCAAACUACCUCCACGAAUCAGGCGGGUUUUUUUUAAACUGACGUCUCCGCCCUUCUCCGGUUUGACUGUUUGUUCCGCUCCGGUGGGCCGCUGAUGUUUAUCCGGGAGGAAUUAAAGACGUUUGGAACAUCCGGCCACCGCCAUUACAGCCGUUGAUUGAUUCACCUGCUGGAUUUCAAUCAGGACGGUUUAUGUUUUUUUCUGGAAUUUAUCUGCUUUCAGACGAUUCGGAAAUCACUUCAACAAGAUGUGCAGCACCUGAUGAUUAAAGGAGGUUUCUCAUGAACAGAGCUCCAGUUUGGACCAGCAGGAUCCAGACUUCAUCCCAUAAAGGAGGAACAGGAGGAACUGUGGACCAGUCAAGACAGAGAGCAGUUAAUGGGCAAGAAGAGACUAUCAGCAGGUUUUAAUUCACAUCAUUCCUAUAAAAAGUGACAACAAUGAAGAUAAAAUCUCAGUCCUCACGGCUUCAUCAGAGCCAAAUUAAAGAAAACAGAGAGGAAACGAACAGCUCAGCCAAACAGAUGACAACAGACACUGAUGGAGACGACUGUGGAGGACCAGAACCAGCCAGGAACCCAGAUUCAAAGACUCAUUUUCAACCAAAUACUGAUGGAAAGUCUUCAGACUCUUCAGAAACUGAAGACAGUGAAGAUGAAGAGGAGGAGCAGGAUGAGUGGCAGGAACCAUUGUCAGAUUCUGGACCUGAAACUGAAGACAGUGAUGAUGAUUGGAAGGAGACCAGAGCAGCUAAGUCAGGUGGAAAUAAUAAUGUGAGUUGUAACACCAAGAAAAAAUCUUUUAGCUGCUCUGAGUGUGAUAAACAGUUUACCAACAAGCAGUCUCUUUCUAAACACAAGGCAUGUCAUUCAGGGAAAAGCUCUUCCAACUGUUCAGCUGAUGAGAAAUGUUUUAGAGUGGAGCAAAGUGGGAACUCAAAGAAAAAGGGACGGGAAGUAAAUGGCUGUAAAGAAUGUGGUAAAACAUUUGCAUGUAGUUCUCAUUUUAAGGUGCACCUGGCAGCUCAUAGAGGAGAGAAACUAUUUGGCUGCGAUAUUUGUGGUGCCAGAUUUAGUCAGCAUCCAACUCUGAAGAGACACAUGAUAGACCACACAGGAGAAAGACCGUUUGGCUGUGACGUUUGUGGUAAAAGGUUUUGCCAAAAAGCAACCCUAAAGACACACAUGACUGUUCACACAGGAGAGAAACCAUUCGGUUGUGAUACAUGCGGUAGAAAAUUUAGACGUAAGCCUGAUCUUACUGCACACAUGAGAGGCCACACCGGCGAGAAACCAUUUGGUUGUGGUGAUUGUGGUGCCAGAUUUUCUCGACAGGGAUCUCUGAACAGACACAUGACAAUCCACUCAGGAGCAAAGCCAUUCCGUUGUGCUGAUUGUGGUAGAAGAUUUAACGAAAGUACACAUCUUAUGCGCCACAAGAGAGUUCACACCAGAAAUAAGAAAAUAGAGAGACCGUUUGUUUGUGGUGAAUGCGGUAAAAUAUUUAGUCAAAAGUGGAAUCUUAAAAGACACAUGAGAGUUCACACAGGAGAGAAUCUAUUUCAAUGUGAUGAUUGUGGGAAAAAAUUUCCAUGGCGGAACAAUCUACAGCGUCACAUGAAGACAAAGCACAAAAUAGAAACCGCAUAGUUGCAGGGCUUGUAGUGAACGAUUAAUUAUUGUAUAUUGGUAAGAACCACAGCUCUAACAAUGCUUCAAAGCAGCAAACAUUUAAACAAAGCUCACUGUAGUGACUCUACAACCUGCUCUACUCUACAUCGUCCCCGCUGUUUAAUUUACCUGCAGUAGACUGGACCCAACAUGAACCCUGCUGCUGUCUUUGAAUAAAAUGGUUACAUCAGUGUACUUACAGUACCCCUGCUUGUGCUUAUGUGUAGUUUAAUGAUGUAGUUUUGGUUGUGGACGAUGAGUAACUGCUGUGACCGGAGCUAAUGGGGAUCCUAAUGAAUAAGAAAUACAUUUUUGUUAGUGGUUAUGUUGUUUGAAAACCUAUGAGCUGUUCACAUAGCACUGUUUGUUGUUGAGAAUGUAAGUGCAACCUAAAAAAAAUAAUCAGUUCUGUUAAACCAAGCAAAGGAUCAGUUUUAUUAAACAUGCUGCACUGUUAAUUAGAAACUCUCCAUAAUGAUUACAGUCACAAAGGUAGCGUAUCAUUAGCCCAGAUUUUGGAGUUCUGAAUGAUAGAGUUUGGGACCGACCACUUUUAUGGAACAUUACAUAGAGCAGCAAGCAUCUGUUAAAGCAGCAAAUCUCUAACUAAAGAGGUGGUAGAGUGUGCGGUUGCAUUUGGUUCUUGAAGGUGUUGUAUUAUUGUUCUUUGGGACUUAACAGACUGGAAAAUAAAUAACUUUUGGGUCAUUCCAGAAUUGGAGGAC